AUGGCAUCAAGCAAUGGAGGUGGAACUCACUGCCCUUCCACAAAAUCUGACAUGGACUUUAAUUCCUCUUUCAUCUCCCUCUCCCAAUAUUAUCAGCUGCAAAUGGAUGACAUUUUGAUUUUGGGCUCUAGCAGCACAGAGGUUAACAAUCUUAUUUUGGCUCUUGGCACAUAUUUUCCUGUUAAGGACCUUGGCUGGCUGAGUUAUUUCCUUGGUGUUGAAGCAACAUUUACUACUAAUGGACUUUUUCUUUCACAACUGAAAUACAUUGUUGAUUUGUUAAAAAGGUGCAAUAUGAUAAACUGUAAGCCAGCUGAAACUCCUAUGAGUGCCAAAGAAAAAGUAUCUGUUAUUGUUGGUCAGUCCUUUGAAGAUGGUUAUCUGUAUCGUUCUGUUGUUGGUAGCUUGCAAUAUUUAUCCUUUACUAGACCAGAUAUUUCCUUUGCUGUGAACAAAGUAUGUCAGUUUCUUCAUAAUACCCUAGACACUCACUGGAUUGCAGUCAAGCGUAUUCUGCACUAUCUCAAAAAUACAAUUGAUUAUGGCAUAGUCAUUAGAAAAAGUCUCACUUCAUCCCUGGUUGCUUUCUCUGAUGAUUUAACUGCUUACUCCGAUACUGAUUGGGGUGGAUGUAUUGAUGAUAGAAGAUCCACUGGUGGUCAUUGUGUCUUUUUUGGACCAAAUCUUAUAUCGUGGAGCUCAAGGAAAUAG